CCCCAUGAUGAAAGUUUUGAUGAAAUUCCAGACCUAAAAGAUACAAAUCACGAUAAAUUAAAUAAGGAAUUUAAACACGAAGCUCAAGUACAAAUAAGUGACAGUCCUCAAAAUAAUCAGGCAUUGUCGUUAAAGUCUGAACACAAUAAUAUAUCCAUUAAGCAAAUUUUUAUCUCUGGAAGUAAGGACUCUAGUGAUUUUAAUGAACGAACUAAAAAGCCUCAAGAAGAAAGAGAAAUUAAAGUUAAGUCAGAGCAAUAUAAGAAUAGAGAACAACUAAGUAAACUUACUCAAAACAAGCUCUGUGAGAUGAAAGUCGAUGCACUUAGUAAAGAUCCUAUCAACGAUUAUGAGAAUUUCAAAGAUAGUUAUCUCUUGACGAUCACAGAAGGAAGUGAUCUGGAAGAAAUUACAAUUAGUAAUAUGAAACAAAAUAAAAGAUCGAAAAAUAACCUAACUAAUAUAAGUAGAAAUCGUAAUAAGUCUAUCCCAAAAAUCUCUCAUCAGAACAAGAGGCCUAAAAACAAAACGUUAGUUCAAGAAUCAAAGUUAAAAAUUAAGCAAAGUAAUAGUAAAACUCACCAGAGGACAGAUAUCUCGUCAUCAUUACGUGAUACUAUUGGAAAACAAGAUGACGAUUGUGAAUGUAUGAACCUUGAUAUAACCAGGAAUAAAUUAUAUUCAGCUCCUUAUAAGUUAUUAGCUCAACAAUUUCUUCUGCAAAUUGAAGAAUUUAAAAGAAUUUACGAACUAUUUAAACGUAAAAUAACUCCUUCUAGAAUCAAACAUAUGAUCAAAAGCAUGGAUCUCAUUUUACCUGCUUUUGAUAAUAACUUGCCAUUACCAUUUAAAAAAUUGCAUAAGGCUCUUAUUCAAUUAAAUAAUCGACAAUUAAAUGAGAAACAUCCAAGAAUUCUAAAGAAAUUAUUGGACAAUUGUGCAAAUAUACGAUUUAAUGGAACUGUUUUUAUUAAAAACCCGUAA